GCCUGCGAUGACGUGACGUUUGAUUCUAUUUUGGUUCGCUUCUGUUAUUUCUCAGUUGGCUGUUCCGUGGUGUGAGAAAUACCUUCAAAUACUGUGAUUGAAACCUUGGGAAGACAAAACACGUCAAAAUGCCGUUAGAAUUUUUGUUCGGGAGAAAGAAAACUCCCGAAGAAAUGCUAAAACAAAAUCAGCGAGCACUGAACCGGGCUAUGAGAGAUUUGGAUAGAGAGCGCAGUAAAAUGGAGCAGCAAGAGAAAAAGAUAAUAAAUGAUAUAAAGAAGAUGGCAAAAAUGGGUCAAAUGGAUGCUGUAAGAAUCAUGGCUAAAGAUCUUGUGCGAACUAGGCGAUAUGUUAAAAAGUUCAUAUUGAUGAAAGCCAAUAUUCAAGCGGUCUCACUCAAAAUACAGACUCUAAGGUCAAACAAUGCCAUGGCGCAGGCUAUGAAAGGUGUCACAAAGGCAAUGGCCACUAUGAACAGACAGCUAAAAUUACCAGAGAUACAGAAGAUCAUGAUGGAAUUUGAAAAACAGUCAGAGAUCAUGGACAUGAAAGAAGAAAUGAUGAAUGAUGCUAUAGAUGAUGUCAUCGGUGAUGAAGAGGAUGAUGAAGAAAGUGAAAAGCUCGUUCAGCAAGUAUUUGAUGAGCUUGGAUUGCAGCUCACAGACGAGUUGUCUGGACUUCCAGUUACUGCAUCAGGUGUUGGUAAAAAGGAAGCGGCUGCCGCAGCCAAGCAACCAGCUGUCGCAGAUGCCGAUGCUGACCUCCAAGCCAGGUUAGAAAAUCUGAGAAGAGAAUGAAAGAAUAGUGGUACUGGUUUCAACCAAAGCAACAACCUUUAGAGGAUUUGCUGUGGGUCCCACUGGAUUUUUGUGGGUCCCUGUACAGAACGUUAUCAUUUCAAUACAUAGCUGCAUACAAUAUACAAUUUUGUUCACAAAGUUUAGCUUUUAAAUGUUGUACAGUGUUUACCAGCCCAUCAUCAUUUUAUAUUGUAGAUUAGUUUCAGGAUAAUUUUUAUCUAUGAGAAUGAUCAGAAAUUCUCUCACCCUCAUAGAUAAGUUUAAUGACCUCCAAUAUUCCUUUUUAUUAAGUGUGUUGGAGGCUUUGGGCCUGAUUAUGAGAAAGAGUGUUAUUUUAUCCUUUUCAAUUUAGAAAAAUAAAAGCAUGAGUAUCACGCUUUUAUUUUUAUAAAUUGAUAAGGAAAAACUAAAACUCUUUCUCGCUUCUGGGUAUAUACUUAAUAGGUGGCGAAAAAGAGGCCUGACACUCAGCCUUAAACGUUUUACUUUAGAAUAAAAGUGGGUUUCACACUCAUGGGCAAGAUUUCUUUGUGUUUGCCUGUGUUGGCUUGGUACUGCUACCAAGUUUGGAAUGUUUGGAAUGACUAUUCUGAGUCAAACAAACGGCUGUGCUUUUUUCUGCCUGUUUAACUUUCUUGAAAAAAAAAAAGACUUCAGGAAAUAAUUUUAAAGGCUCUCAAUAAAAUGGAUCAAGUACCUAGGGUAUCGGCUGCCUAUAACCAACUAAAAUGAUCAUUACGCUAGACAGUCAAUAAGACUCAAUCUAAUGAUUACUGUUAUUUCAGAGCAGGGGCGUAGCCAGGGGGUGGCCCAGGGGGCCGGGCCCCCCCUUCUAGCAGCCAAAAAUGUAUGAGACAUCUAAAAUACAAGAGAAAAUGCAUUGAAAGAGCCUUUUGGGCCCCCUCCUGCUAAAAAUCCUGGCUACGCCGCUGCAGAGGCGCUGGUACCAUAAAAUUAAGACAAAGUGAGUCAGGGUUCUCGGCUCCCGGUCUCGAGUCUCGGCCUCUGACUAUCGACAUUCGGGCACCACCCCAGACUCAUAAAUAAUUGGAUAUCGGAUAGACGAUAAAGAAAAAGGAAAUAUAAGAGGGUCUGGAUAUAUGGUUGAUACUUUAUUUAUUAUUGUAUGCAAAACAUAAGACACGUCUUUUUUUCUACCCAAACAGAAGGGUGGGCAUCCACUCAAUCCCCUUCCUUCAAAAUGCCGAAGUAUUUUUUUCUUCUGAUAUCAAUUUUUUACUACUAAUAUUACAACUUGGAGUAGCUUUUUUUUAAUAAAUUUUAAGCCGUUCAA